AUGGCAGCUCCAAAUAUGGCUGCAAUAACUGCAUCCUUAGAGAAAUCUCUUCAGAACUGUUCUCUAAACCACCAAGAAAGCAGCACCCCCGACGGCGGCGGAGGGGUGGAUGAUGGGACGGGGCUUGGCCACUCGGCCACUUCAACUUCACCUGAAAAUCAUCAUUUGGAUGCCAAUUUAGAACUGAAUUCCCAAAUCUCACUCCCUUUCCAUUGGGAACAAUGCCUAGAUUUGAAGACUGGUGAAAUAUACUACAUAAAUUGGAGGACGGGAAUGAAAGUGACGCAGGAUCCGAGGACCACCGUCGAGUGCAGUGGGGAUUUGUACUCUGAAGACGAUUGCAGCUCGUAUGACAGUGAAGAGUCAUCAUCAGAGCCUUCACCUUCAUCACAAUGGAAUCAUAAUCAAGAUUAUCAUGAUCAUCAAAGCAAUGAACAAGAGAAUCUGAAUGUGCUUGUUGUGGCUGGGUGCAAACGGUGUUUAAUGUACCACAUGGUUCCUAAACAGCUCCAAGAUUGCCCCAAAUGUUGUGGUCAACUUAUCUACUUCGACCGAUCCGAAAAUGGCUCCCCAUAA